AUGGCGCCCUUCGCGCGCGACCUGACGCCCUCGGCCCUGUACAACCUCGUCGACCCCAAGUCGUUCGACCACCUGCGCUCGCUCGGCGGCACGUCGGGCAUCCUCGAGGGCCUCCAGACCGACCCGCGUGUCGGCCUCGCCGACGCCGAGGCCGGCAAGCCUGCCGGGUACGACGACCGCCUGCGCGUCUACGGCGAGAACCGCGUUCCGGGCAAGGUCCCCAAGUCGUUCCUCGCCCUGUGCUGGGCCGCCUACACGGACAAGGUCCUCAUCAUCCUGUCGGUCGCCGCCGUCGUGUCGCUCGCGCUCGGCCUGUACCAGGACCUCGGCACGCCGCCCGAGACCUACCCGUCGACGUCGUGCCCGCCGACCAACAUCUGCACGCUCCCCUCGGUCGACUGGGUCGAGGGCGUCGCCAUCGUCGUCGCCAUCCUCAUCGUCGUCAUGGUCGGCUCGGUCAACGACUGGCAAAAGGAGAAGCAGUUCCAGAAGCUCAACGCGCAGAAGGAGGAGCGCAACGUCAAGGCGCUCCGUAACGGCCAGGAGCGCCUCAUGUCGGUCUACGACGUCGUCGUCGGCGACAUCCUGUUCCUCGAGCCGGGCGAGAUCGUGCCCGUCGACGGCGUCUUCCUGUCGGGCCACAACGUGCGCUGCGACGAGUCGGGCGCGACCGGCGAGUCGGACGCGGUCCGCAAGGCGAGCUUUGACGACAUCGACAAGGAGGGCAGCAACGGCAAGACCGACUGCUUCAUGAUCUCGGGCUCCAAGGUCGUCGAGGGCGUCGGUCGGUACGUCGUCACGUCGGUCGGCCGCAACUCGUUCCACGGCAAGAUCAUGAUGUCUCUUCAAGGCGACGCCGAGGACACGCCGCUCCAGCUCAAGCUCAACGCGCUCGCCGAGCUCAUCGCGUGGCUCGGUUCGGCCGCCGGUCUCCUCCUGUUCGUCGCCCUCAUGAUCCGGUUCUUUGUCGGCCUCAGCACCAACCCGGACCGCACCGCCGACGACAAGGCGCAGAACUUCAUCUCGGUGCUCAUCAUCUCGGUCACGGUCGUCGUCGUCGCCGUCCCCGAGGGCCUGCCGCUCGCCGUCACGCUCGCGCUCGCGUUCGCGACGCGCCGCAUGACCAAGAUGAACCUGCUCGUGCGCGUCCUCGGAGCGUGCGAGACGAUGGCCAACGCGACGUGCGUCUGCACCGACAAGACGGGCACGCUCACGACCAACCAGAUGACGGUCGUCGCCGGCUCGAUCGGCGUCCACCUCAAGUUCGUGUCGCGCCUCGACGAGAACUCGGCCCGCACCAACGCCAACGACGACCGCGACCCGGAGAAGGUGAGCGCGAGCGGCCACGACGACAACGACGAGAAGGCGGCCGACCUCGAGCGCGACCAGCAGCAGCAGCAGCAGCUCGACGUCGUCCCGCAGCGCAAGGGCCGCCUCGACUUUACCUCGGACAUGGGCGACAUCCAGCAGCACGUGCCGGCGGCGCUGCGCAAGCUCCUCAACGAGUCGGUCGUCGUCAACUCGACCGCGUUCGAGGGCACCGACGAGCACGGCGCCGAGGGCGGCUUUGUCGGGUCCAAGACCGAGACGGCCCUCAUGUCGUGGGCCCAGGCGCAAGGGUGGGAGCACUGGAAGGCGGUGCGCGAGGCGGCCGACGUCGUCCAGAUGGUGCCGUUCUCGUCCGAGCGCAAGUGCAUGGGCGUCGUCGUCCGCCUCCCGGGCAAGCAGGGCUACCGCCUGUUCCUCAAGGGCGCGUCCGAGGUCCUCGCCAAGCUCGCCACCCGCCACGUCGUCGUCCAGGAGCACGGCGCCGACGCCGCCGACCAAGCCGCCGAGGUCGAGACCGAGGCGUUCGACGACGAGACGCGCGCCAACAUCAGCCGCACCAUCAUCUUCUACGCGUGCCAGUCGCUGCGCACGAUCGCCCUGUGCUCGCGCGACUUCCCGAGCUGGCCGCCGGCCGGCGCCCAGGUCAACGCCGAGGGCGAGGUCGACUACGACGACAUGGCGCGCGACCUGACCCUGAUCGCCAUCACGGCCAUCGAGGACCCGCUCCGCGAGGGCGUCGCCGCCGCCGUCGCGACGUGCCAGCGCGCCGGCGUCAUGGUCAAGAUGUGCACGGGCGACAACGUCCUCACGGCGCGCUCGAUCGCGAGCCAGUGCGGCAUCUUCAGCAAGGGCGGCAUCAUCAUGGAGGGCCCCGUCUUCCGCAAGCUGUCGCCUCAGCAGCGCCUCGAGGUCGUCCCCAACUUGCAGGUCCUCGCGCGCUCGUCGCCCGAGGACAAGAAGGUGCUCGUCGAGACGCUCAAGUCGAUGGGCGAGGUCGUCGGCGUCACGGGCGACGGCACCAACGACGGUCCUGCGCUCAAGACGGCCAACGUCGGCUUCUCGAUGGGCAUCGCCGGCACCGAGGUCGCCAAGGAGGCGAGCGACAUCAUCCUCAUGGACGACAACUUUGCCUCGAUCGUGUCGGCCAUCAUGUGGGGACGCUGCGUCAACGACUCGGUCCGCAAGUUCCUCCAGUUCCAGCUCUCGGUCAACAUCUGCGCCGUCGUCAUCACGUUCGUCUCUGCCGUCGCCUCGGACGAGGAGGAGUCGGUCCUCACGGCCGUUCAGCUCCUCUGGGUCAACCUCAUCAUGGACACGUUUGCCGCCCUCGCCCUCGCGACCGACCCGGCCGACCCCGAGUCGCUCGACCGCCAGCCGGACCGCAAGACGGCGCCGCUCAUCAGCAUCAACAUGUGGGUCAUGAUCCUCGGCCAGGCCCUGUUCAAGACGGUCCCGGCGCUCGUCCUCAACUUUGCCGGGCACCAGAUCCUUGGCCUAAACGCGACCGACGAGGCCGAGCGCAUCAACGAGGAGAACGACCUCAAGACGCUCAUCUUCAACGCCUUUGUCUUCUCGCAAAUCUUCAACAUGUUCAACUGCCGUCGCCUCGACCGCCACUACAACAUCUUUUCGCGUGUCCACAAGAACCCGUACUUCAUCGUCAUCUUCUUCAUCAUGGUCGGCGGUCAGGCCCUCAUUGUCAACUUUGGCGGCGCCGCGUUCCAGGUGCACCGCAUCGACGGCAAGUACUGGGCCAUCUCGGUCAUCAUCGGCCUGUGCUCGAUCCCGUGGGCGGCCUUCCUGCGCACGCUCCCGCCCGGCCCGCUCGAGCGCCUCAUGGUCAAGCUCCACCUGUACCCGGACAUGUCCAAGGCCGACGAGCUCCCCAACGUCGACAAGGCGGCCGAGGAGCGCAAGUGGGCCGAGGGCAUCCAGCGCGCCAUCGACGGCCUGCGCAUCUACUCGACCGUGCGCGGCGGCCGUGCGCGCGCGAGCAACAUUAUCCGGUUCCGCCGCACCAAGAGCGCGCACAAGCAGCUGCGCGACAUGGACAUGCAGCCGACGAUGCUCAUGGCGAUCGCGCCGUCGCUCGUGUUUGCGUCGGUCGGCGGCCAGUGGCGGCCCGAGGGCUCGCUCGCCGACCCGGCGGCGCACGACCCGAGCCUGUCGACGCAGCAGCUCGUCGACAAGGGUGCGGCGCAGCUCGGGCCGAGCAACCCGCGAGGCGGGCACUCGCGCUCGCCGAGCAACGCGACGACGCUCCCGCCGGUUAAGGAGGCGCCUCGCGAGCUCUGAGUCGCCUCGCCCCUCCCCUCUCUUGCCCUCCCUUUCCUCCCUCACGUCCGAGAAGGCGUCUGUACCACUCCUACACCUCGGUGACCCUGCGUCGCCCCUCUCUGCCAUCACUAGCUCUGGAUCCACCCCCUCGAUGUUUCUACUUCCCCUCGUCUAGCUCCCCCUCUCCCUCGUUAGCCGGUGCCGUAAUUCGUGCCCGUGCCUCUGUGCAACUCUGCAUCGUCUCCUAC